AGAGCUUGCCUUGCUGUAAACAGGGAAGUGAAUUUAUGAUUGUUAGCCAGGUAGCUGACUAACGGUAAUAUUUACGGUUUUGUGUCAGCCUCCAUUACAGAGCUUGUAAAAAAAAGAGCAAAUCAUAUAGGAUAAAGGGAAAUGUGUACAAUGCGGUUACAUAUACAGAUUUGAAAUUGUCUUAGCUCGCUAGUGUAGCUAGCCAGCCAAAACUAAACGAAGUUUUCGGUAUCAUUCCGAUUUCUUGCUAUGGUAAUUACGGUUGUGUCCGUCUAUACAAGCUAGCUAGCUAGGGAGCUAAAGCCUUAUCGACGUAGCAAACAUAAUCUACGGUUAUAACGCCACAAACCUGACAAAGAGCUACAAUGUUUCGAACCUCCUCUGGGUAUCAAUACGAGUCUCUGCCGCAGGGAGACUCGGUUCUGUCUAGUCCCGGUUUGUACGUCUCUGCUGCAAGUUUUUCGAAGUCAGAAUUCAGUCACCAGGGGCAUUCGUUAGACUACGUUCCUAAAGUCAUUGAUAACGAUUUUACAGACCGAACUCAAGGAUGGUUGUCCUGGAUUUGCAACUUGAUCGUCACAUUCCUUGUGUUUGUCUGCACUUUCAUUACCUUCCCCGUUUCUGGCUGGUUUGUCUUGAAGAUGGUGCCCAAUUACCAGAGGAUAGUUGUGUUCCGUCUGGGUCGAGUCCGUCCUCCAAAAGGGCCAGGCGUGGUCCUGAUUCUGCCCCUCAUUGACCAGUGGCAGAAAGUGGACCUGCGGACGAGGGCUUUCAACAUUCCACCCUGCAAGGUGGCCACUGCAGAUGGUGGUCUGGUGUCGGUGGGGGCUGACAUUCAGUUCCGGAUCUGGAGCCCGGUGAUGUCAGUGGUGGCGCUGCAGGACCUGAACGCCUCCACACGGCUCACGGCCCAGAACGCCAUGACCCACAACCUGGGCAAGAAAACCGUGAGAGAGAUCCAGACAGAGAGGGUCAAACUGGGAGACCAUCUCGGGGUCGACAUCAACGAGAUGACUCGACCGUGGGGACUAGAGGUGGACCGGGUGGAGCUGACCGUGGAGUCCGUGCUGAAGGGCCCAGACGACUCCCACUCCGGCCCCAUCAUCAUGCCGCCCUCUGUGCCCGGGCUGGAGGGCAUCGUCGGGCCCAUUCAGCAGCUGGCUGCGCAUUUCCUGGGAAACGGCGGCUUUUCCCAGCUCCCUGAAAUGGACCCGCACACGUCACACAGUUCAAAUGGGCCGGGGGACACGGUGAGCUUCGUGGAUGAGCUGGGUCCUUCUGCCCCCGCCGUGGGGAAGAGGGUCAGCGUGACGGAGCUGCUGGAGGCCGUGGAGCCCUGGCUCUCAGAGCAGCUGGUGCACCAGGUGGGCGCCUGCUUCCAGUUCCAGAUCACCCUCCCCGACGGCAGCAUCAACAGCUACUUUGUAGACCUGAGCAAAGGCAGAGGGGAGGUGGGAGCGGGGGACGCAGAGCAGCCGGAUGUCACCCUGCAGAUGAGCGAGGAGGACCUGCUGGCCCUGUUCGAGGGCACCCUGCGUCCGUUUGCAGCCUACACCAGCAGCAGGCUGAAGGUCCAGGGCGACCUGAGGACAGCCAUGAAGCUGGAGCAACUCAUAAAGCUCAUCAGGCCACAGUGACACAAACCGGAACCAACUGGUACAGACCGGAAAGAACCGGAAUGAGCAACUUUCACCACUAGCCCCGUUCUAUGAGCUGCCUCCAUCAUCUUGUACGAGGGAAAACCAGACGGACAACAACGAUAACCGUCCAACAGAGAUAUUACAUUACAUCUUAUAAGGUCUCUGAAAUUGGCAAUUAUCCAACUGAUUUUUGAAAAGUAUGAACAAAAUCACAAUGCAUUAGAUGAUGCUCAGGAGCUGUUAAAUGUCAUGUUUUUGCUUGUGUGUUUUUAUGGAUUGUGUAAUUAUUCAUACACAUUUGUAGCGAGGACAGACAUUAUCCAUACUUCACUAUGAAGUAUGUUCUUUACUUUUGAAAUGUGUUUAUUUAUUUUUUUUGAAAAUAUAGUCUGAGUGGCAGUUAAAUGAAGUGUCAGCCGGGCAUCUUAAUUACUGUAAAGGCAGAAACAUUAUAUUUGAUUAUCUGUUUUCCAGGAAAGACCUGGGAUAUUUUUAUGUUGUCAUCCCAUUUUUCUAAAAAUCUUCUGUUUUAAGUUUGCUCUGGUGGUUAUCUGGUGUACAAUCGACACUUUGUGCCUGUAAAGGAUUGAAUUGCUUUUGAACCCUUUAUAAAACUGCGUUGCUGUGGAAUAAUA